ACAAUUGAAUAUUGUUGUUUUGAUGUGUUUGUAAUAUCUGUUGAAUAUUGUAUACAAUGAUGUAUUAUAUCACAGACAAGAUGAGCUUAUACUAUAUAAAAUAAUAUACGCUAGAGCAGCUGCUGUGAUUUCGAAAUUAUAAACAGAAUAGCUGACAUCGUAUUAUCAGGCAAUAAUAUUUGUUGAAUAUUAUUAUCAAAAAUAUAAUACAACUGAAAGUAAACGUCGAAAUAAGAGAUGGCUAUGCAAUAUUCGUAUGACCCGUACCCAAUGCAUGUGAAGAUUCUACAACAACAAACAUGGUGUACGUUUGCACAGAUGUGGAAUUUUAUCAAAAACAACGCCUAUUCUAAGUUUGAUCAUCUCACAAAAGAGGAAAUAAUACAUGAGAUUAGAUUUCUUAAGACAACAAUACCAAUAUUUUCGAGAACACAUAGAUUUCCUGAUAAUAAUUUGUAUGUUCAUGUAGAUAAUAUUUUAAUUAAAACUGCCUUGGAUAAAAUAGUCUUGAGUGAGACUCAAGAAGCGUAUAUUUCGUCAUUUUUGCUAUUAUCUACUUACUUUGUGGCAGAUUCCAGUGAUAAAGAAAAAAUUCUAGUUUACGAUCGUGAGAAGUUUGAAUCUACUUACAGACUAACUUGGAAGAGACAUUAAUUUAAUAUUAUUAUUAUUUAAAAUAUUAAAUACA